GUGGUGUUCAUAAAAAGAGGCACUGCAGUUCGAAGGGCUCAGGUCUUCCUCUCAAUGUAGCGUUCAGUCCACUUCACACCCUCAAGACAAUUCAGGAUGAGUGUCACCGAUUCCCGAAGUACGAUACGCAUCGGCGUCUUCAUCCCGGCUGAUGCACAGGUCCUAGACACGGCCUGCGUGGACAUUCUUGGAUGCAUGAGCUACGAGUAUCUCUCAUUGAUGAAAGAUAUAAUUCCUGCUCCUAUCCUCGCGCUGGCCCCGAGCAUGCAAAUAUCAUACAUCUCUACCGUGCAACCCGGCCAGCCCAUCCCACUGACCUCAUCGAUGCGUGUCGCGUGCACUCACCAUCUCUCCGACGCGGCGGUGCAGCCCGGUCAGCUCGACAUCGUCUUGGUUCCCGGGCCGGACCCGGCGACCAAGUUCAAGGACAAGACCGUAACCGACUGGCUGGCUGCGCAUGCCACGCGGGCCGAGACAGACAUCCUGUGCGUGUGCACGGGCAUCUACCUGUGCGGCGCGGCCGGCCUGCUGAAGGAAGGGAGGAGAGCGUGCGGGCCGAGAGGGCUGCAAGACGACCUCAAGAAACUGUACCCGGGUGUUGCGUGGGUGGGCGAUGACCUAAGAUGGGUGAAGGAUGGGAAUUUUUGGAGCAGCGGCGGGAUCACCAACGGGAAUGAUUUGGUUUCGGCGUAUGCCCGGCAGAGCGGCCGCAUCCCAGGGCCGGUAGCCGAGUUUGCUCUGGUCAUGACCGAGACCGGGGACAGGCCGCAGAGGUACGAGACGGGAAAGGCAGCCAUGACCCUUAACGUCGUAUGGCAGGUCUUGAAGGCUUUAUUCAUGGGCGUCGGGAGGAGAAAGGCCGAUUGAUGGGUGGUUGGGGCUCUAGGAUGUUAAGUCGGGAAACCUACGGUACUGUGUAGUGGUCCUAGUGGAGGAGGUGAGGAUUUGAGGGUAGGACCAG